UAUAAAUACAGCCUCCAGCUGGGAAAACAAAUGCGCCCUGACACCCGAGCAGACACCAACACUGAGAACCAGGAGGAUGUCGCCGCAAGCUCUGAGAGUCUCUGUCCGCAACUCCUUCCCCCUGCUCAGGUGGAUGGACAGGUGGUCCGGUGGCGCGGCGGUGGCACCGGCGGACGGCGCGCCGAAAGUCCGGACCCUGGCCGACAUGCCCGGACCGAAGGUGGCCAGCUUCCUCUGGGACUUGUUUGCCAAGAACGGUCUGUCACGUCUGCACGAGCUCCAGAUGGAAGGGCUCAGCCGAUAUGGCCCGAUGUGGAAGGCAAGCUUUGGCCCCAUCCUCACUGUUCACGUGGCCAAGCCGGAGCUCAUAGAGCAGGUCCUGAGGCAGGAGGGCCAGCACCCCAUGCGCUCCAACCUGUCCUCCUGGAAGGACUACAGGAAGCUCAGGGGACACCACUGUGGACUCUUGACGUCGGAGGGGGAGGAGUGGCAGGAGGUGAGAAGUCUCCUGGGGAAGCACAUGCUGCGACCGAAGGCGGUGGAAGUUUACGAUAAGACCCUGAACAGCGUCGUCAGUGACCUCGUCGCAAAACUUCGCCACUGCCGAAGCUCUCAAGGCCUCGUCACCGACAUCGCCAGCGAGUUCUAUCGCUUCGGCCUCGAGGGCAUUUCCUCGGUGCUGUUUGAGUCCAGAAUUGGUUGCUUGGAUCCAGUCGUUCCAGAGGAGACGGAGCGUUUCAUCCAGUCCAUCAACACCAUGUUCGUGAUGACCCUCAUCACCAUGGCAUUGCCAAGCUGGAUGUACCAGCUGUGCCCCAAACCCUGGAAUGACUUUUAUCAGUCCUGGGACUACAUGUUUGAAUUUGCAAAGGGCCAUAUCGACAAGCGGAUGGCGGCCGACGCUGAGAAGGUUGCCAGAGGAGAGACGGUGGAGGGGCGGUAUCUCACCUACUUCCUGUCCCGGACGAACUUGCCCAUGAAGACCAUCUACAGCAACGUCACCGAGCUGCUUCUCGCCGGAGUCGACACGAUUUCCAGCACCCUGUCCUGGACGUUGUACGAGCUGUCUCGCCACCCAGAGAUCCAGGCUGAGAUCAGGAAGGAGCUGCUGACGGUGCUGGGGGGUCGGAGGAUCCCUGUGGCUGCAGACGUGGCCUGCAUGCGUCUCCUGAAGGCCACGGUCAAAGAGGUGCUCAGGUUGUACCCAGUCAUCCCUGCCAACGCAAGGGUCAUUCCAGAAAGAGACAUCCAGGUCGGAGGUUACAUCAUUCCUAAAAACACUUUGAUUACCUUGUGCCAGUUUGCAACAUCUCGGGACCCCGCGGUGUUUCCGAAUCCAAACGACUUCCAUCCCUAUCGCUGGUUCAGCAAGGACCAGACCCAUCACCCGUACGCUUCUGUGCCCUUCGGCGUGGGGAAACGGAGCUGCAUAGGUCGUCGGAUCGCGGAGCUGGAGCUCUACCUCGCUCUCUCACGGAUCCUGACUGAGUUCGAAGUGAAGCCGGACCCAAGGGGGGGUUCUGUGAAGCCCAUGACGCGAACCCUUCUGGUUCCUAAAAAUGUCAUCAACCUCCAGUUUAUUGAACGAUGACCUGCUCUUUCCUCCCGAUCUUGUCGUUUACGCUUGUGAGUCGUCGUCCCCUCCCCUU